AGGAGCCGUUGUUGUGUACACAGGCGUAUUGAUUGUGGGGCAUGGAGAGCAAAGCAGCCGGGGCUGGGGGAGCCGACACCUGAAUCAGCGCUGCUGCUGCUGCCACCACCGCCUCACAGCGGGCUUUCCGGGCUUUACUGACGGGAACAGACGGCUGGUCCGGCCGGAGCGAACUUUGCCGCAGGUCCUCGGUGCGGGUAGAGCGAUAAUAAAGGAAAACACGGCGGAAAAUCGCUGGUGUUCACUGUGUUUAACCUCGGCUAGGUCGGCUAGGUUUAGAGUAGCUAACGGUUAGUUAGCUAGCCUCGGUUCUUUUGCUCUUUUCGCUGUGUCGCUUUUGUCGCUCUAGCCGCUUUAGCAGCAGUAGCGGUGGUCCUUUUAAGUUCGUUAGCUAAGCUAGCUAACUUAGCUUUAUUUAUAUAGUUAGCAUUAGCUGCCCUUUUUUCCUCUGUGUGUAAUUAUAUGUAUUAGCAGGUGUACCUUUCCUUACGUAUUGACAGAAAUAACGCUAAACAGACCUUCUAAACCCUUUACCUAAACCUUUAUCCACCCGCUGUGCUGUGUUUUGUCUGGACAGCAGCUAGUUAGGAUAGCUAGGUUAUUUAUUUAGCGGCGGCGACGCGGCACCGUGUCCGAUAAUGCAGUGCGUUUGUCGGCUUGUCCAGGCGCCGCUUGCCCGCUGCUGGAACUCGAAGCCCAGGGAGACCAGAAGAGCCACGACCCUCGCCUGAGAGGGUUCCUCCUGCUUUAUGGAGGUUUCUGCUUCAAACUACGCCUUGGGAUAGCCUCAGUCUUUGGCCAGCUCCGUCUGGAUAACCUAUUUUUGGGAGCUGAACACUGUAAGGUUGGAUUCAUCCUUUGAAAGACCUCGUUUUUUUGUGUGUGUGUACGCGAAUAAAACGAGAGGUUAAACAGUCGUGUUUUUGCGGAACUGUGGGCUAAAGGCAUGGUUUCUGUGGGAAUAAGACGAUUUUGAGCACACCGGGACCCUAUGUGGAUAUAGGAGACCCAUCCACGCUUCAAUUUAUGAUUCCUCAAGGCUUCUCCCAGCCCUAGACCCCAAAGCUGCACCAUGCUGGCGUGCCUGCAGAGAAGACAGAACCAACUGGCCCAGCACCCAGUGUGCGCCAGCAAGAUCCUGGACACCCCCAUCAAUCAGAAAAGUGAUCUGAGCUCCAUGCAGGGCCCGCGGUACCCCUCCGCUGCCGAGCUGGACGCUUACGCACAGAAGACUGCAGACAGUCCCCUAUCCAUCAAGAUUUUCCCCUCCAACAUCAGGGUCCCUCAGCACAAACAGAUCAGCCGGACUGUGAAUGGCUUGGACACCACAGGCCAGCGCUUUAGCCCUUACUCCCACCCCUACUCUGGUGGCUACCAGGGCUUGCUGGCCAUCGUCAAAGCUCCCACCGUGACCAAAGGCGUGGUGAAGAGCUCGGACGGCAAGAGGACUAAACUGUCACCCAUCCAAAUGGCGGUGGCGCCCUACGCGCCGCCCAGCAACAGCAGCGUCGCCAACAGGCACAGGCUGAGGCCGUACAACAUGGAGCUUUGCAAACCUCCCGAGGUGCCCAACAUCGCAGCACCUCCCAACGUUGUGGUGGCGGCUUCUGCUGUGACUCUUUCCGGUGGGCAGAGCUUAGCGCUGGCUCCCCACUCCGACCACAUGGCCCACGGCAUGGUGAGGCAGAUGGCCAGGACCUCUCACGCACAGGGCCUGCAGGCACCUGGAGAAGUCCAUUCCAGCCCGUCCCACCAGGCGGCCACGGCCGUGGCAGACUCCACCUUUGGCAUGGCUGGCCCUCCUCAGAGCAGCUUGGCGUAUUCGGGAGCCGUGCUGCCCACUCAGACCGCUGACAUGGCCAAGGCUUCGGGAUACUUGGACAGUAUGGAUUACGCUUUAUGGCAGAGCAAGCAGCAGAGACAUAAUAAUCACCACCAUCACCAUAAUCACCAUAACCAUCAUCAUAAUCAUCAUCAUCAUCAACAGCAUCAACAACAACAGCAGCAGCAGAAACAACAACAACAGCAGCAGCAGCACUAUCAGCAGGGCACCCUGCGCAUGUACAGUGCCAGCGGCAGCAGUGGCGGCAGCAGCAGCACCAGAGCUGCCAUUAGCAGGUCUCCAGAUGUCUGCCUCCCAACAGGAUCCACCCAACUCCCCUACAGGGCCCAUGCGCUCAGCACAGGAACGGGCUCUGGCAUCCUGGACAAGGUUGGCUCCUCUCCUCUGAACUGUGCAGCCAUGCACGGCGAGUUUUCCGUCGGCCAGUUCUUCGCGCCACCUUGGAACAGUGUUCUAGCCACACCCAACAGCGACUGUUACAAUCCACAGGAGCUGCCGCCGGGCUCCAUAGCACUCGGGCACCCCCACGCUCACGCACACACCCAGCGCCACCCUCAGCAGCAGCAGCAUCAGUACCCAGGUGACCGCACCUCCGGCCCGGCUCUGUGCUGCGGGCUGCCCGGUCGCGGCCUGUGCCAGGCGUCGCUCCUCAGCAGCAGCCUGCAGUCUCUGGAGUGCCUGAUCAGCGAGAUUCACCCGCCCUGCAUCAAGGAGCGCAUGCUGGGCCGGGGCUACGAAGCUGUGGCUGUUCCGCACCUCCUCGAGCACCAGCCCACGCAUAUCCAGCUGCCUGUGUUCAGAUAGGGGGCGCUGUGAGAAUGCGUUUGAGAGGAAAAGCAGGACACCUGUGUUCGCAGGACUGUCUAUUUGCAGGACUGUCUGUUUGCGGAAGGAACUGUUUUGCGGAUUAGACAACGAGAGGUAGAUUUGUAUCAGACAUGCCUUUUAGUGGAUGCGUGCCAUUGGUUAAGGGCUCAGUGGGUCUUUACAAAGAUUAAAAGGGUAAAACGGCAAUCCCGACUUGCCGUAAAAAUAAAAAAAAGAGAGUUGCAGUUUUGCAGUUUCACCUGUGUUAACUGGACUGACUUUAAGAAGUACUACUACUACCACUACUACUCAGAUACUGUUUAGCACCAACAGGGAUUUUUCUGUUUCGUUUUAUUUUUUUGUGUUCUUGUAUCAUUUAAUUCCAUACCGAAAUCAAUCUGAAUGAAAGUAUAUAUAUAUAUUUUUUUUUUCCUGAUUAGCUGCCAAAUGACCAGGAGCAGGAAGUCUUCUAACUGCCCACUACUUACCUUACUGGACAUUUAUUAUUAUUAUCUUUAUGUUAUAAAUUCAGGUAUGUGCUGUUUACUCCAAAACCUUACCUGAUUUAAACAAAAAAGGUUUAAAAACAAAAAAGGAAUAAUAAAAAAAAAGUGUUUGAUUGAUCCCUUGGUGGCAGAAAAUGUCUGAAAACCUCUGAAGCCCUGUCUAAUAGUACUCAAUCAUAAUAGUUAUGAUUUUUUCCAAUUGCACUGUAAUAAAUAAAUGAAGAAAAAAAUAUUAUGAAGAUUAUGAAGAUCCUCUCUGGCAUGGGUUGGUUCAAGGAACAUUUCAUCAUCUUAAAAGGAAACUUGAAUUUUUCUGUAUUAUGUUUUAUUAUGUGUCUGCCCAUAGACAUAUGUAUACGAUUUAUUCUUUAUUCUGGUUGUUUUAUCCAAUUCUAGUUUGUGACCAAUGGUUUAUUAUUAUUUUUUGUUCCUCUUAGUUUUUAAUCCAUAUUUUCACACCUUCAGUCAGAAUGUGGUUUGGUACCUGGUUCUGGUUUGUUGAUUAUUAUAUAUAAAUUUAUAAAUAUAUAUAUUGAUUGACUGUAGCCAGGAUUUUUUUUUGUUAUAUUUAAUUUUUUGUUUGUUGGAUUUGCUUUUUUUUAUUUUUUAUUUUUAUUUUAAAUAGGCCUUAUAAAUCUGAGAUAUGGACUGAAAAUAAUGAAGCAUCCACUACUACUGAGCUGGCUCCAUCAGUGAGUGACGACCUGAUGUUAAGCUACGCGAGUUACUGUGAUUUAAGUCUUAAAAGAGUGUUUCAACUGGAUUUUUCCAUCAGUGUUUUGCUGAAUUAUUUUAUUCAUUAUUAUUUAUUGAUGUUUAAAUCUCUGUAAAAUGUUAGAAGGUACUACUGGGUGUCUGAUGUUCAGAUACACAACUGGUUUUGUCUUUUGAUCUUAUUAUUAUUAUUAUUAUUAUUAUUAUUUGUUUCUUUCUUUUCAUCAGAGUGGAAUAUUUUGAAGCAGCGUUUUUGAGUAAAACGGCACACAAACGGGCUCUAGAUGUUUAAAAAGUGCAAUUAUAAUGUUGGCAGAUUAGCCCUUUUCCCACGUUAUGCUUCAUUGACUCUAUUUACUACUGUAUGUAUGACUGUCUGAAACCUCCACGAUUAAGAUUGUCAAUAAAUCUAAUUUAGGGAUGUUUUUCUAAA